GGUUGCCUCCAGCAGUCCAGCCACACGAAGCCAAAACAAAAGCAUCUUGAAAAUCCUUCUUUAGCCUCAAUGUCAUUGCCUCAUCUUUCUCUGCAAACUUUUCUGAUCCUGCUUGUGGUGGGAAAUGGGCAAGGCCUCCGAGGAAUUAGAUUGAGCUCUGAGGAACCAGUGUCUGCUAGAGUAGUCGAUCACCUUGAUCUCAACUCUUCAACUCCAAGUUCCAACACCCUGAACUCCACAAAACAUGCAUGUUCUCACCCCUAUGGCUUCUUGCCAUGCGCUUCCAAUAUUCCAGGCUACAUCUUCCAGAUCAUCGUCCUUGAAUACUUGCUACUUGUGGGUGACAAAAUCUUAACAAAGGGUAGACAGCAACUCUUCAGUAUCCUCGGUGUCGGUAUCUAUGGUGCCACUGUGUUUCGCAUCCUUGCUGUGCUACCCACUAUAGUGCUACUUCUUGGUUCACUUUUUCACCUUUUCUCCUUGCUUGCAGCAUCUGGGCUUGCUCAGAACAAAGAGGCUGCUCAAGCUAGAAUCGAGAAUGGAGUCGGUACUCUUGCUGGGUCUACUGUUUUUUACUUGACAUUACAGUGGGGAAUUUGCGUUCUUCUUGGUAGAACUAAAAUAACAAAGGAAUCGUCACCUCUUCCUCAGCAAGAAUCAUCAAAAGCCUCAACUCCUGCAGGGUGUUUGUGGGUUAAACGGCGAUUAUCAAUAUUAAAAGAAUAUGGUAUAGAGACUGACAAGAAGACGAGGCACACAGCAGGGAUAAUGCUUUUGUCGCUGAUUCCAUUUAUAUUUGUGGAAAUAGCUAGUAACUUUAAGUCACAGCCAUGGAGUCUCAUAGUGACUCUCACAGUAUCUGUCGCAGGACUAGUUUCAUACUUCGUUUUUCAGUCUCGUCAUCAGUGGAUCCAAGAAAGAAGUUUGGAAUAUUCAAGGGAUCAGCUUCUGCUGGCUGGAUUCUUGGAUCACUUGCAUAAAUUUGCUAAAAAAACUCUCGUCAAUGACGAAGGACACGUCGAUGCUUCUUGCAUUAAUAGGGCAUUCCGUAAGAUUGAUGCAGAUCAAGAUGAUUACAUAUCAAAAGCUGAACUCAGAGAAUUCUUAGCAACAAUGAACUCGGGGCAUCACCUUGAUGAAAAAUUUGCAAUUGAAGAACUUAUGAAGCACUUCGACCAGGACAGUAAUCAUUUGAUUACUAAGGAUGAGUUUCUGGGUGGAUGUCAAAGAUAUGUUCAAAAUGCCAAGAAACUGGUUGCUGAUAAAACUGACAGCUCAAAAAAAUAUUUUCCAGACAUACAUCGAAUGUUGAAACCGUGGAUCAACAGGAGCAAGAAAAAAUUACUCGAAACUGAGGAACACCUGUCAAAAGUUUUGAACACAACCAAUAACGAACAACUUGCUUGCCUUUUCACUGAUGGAAAACCAGAUGAAGAUAAGAUUCGAAGUCUCUUUGUGGAGUUUGACAAAGAUGGUGAUAAAAAGUUGACACUCAAAGAACUAAAAGAACUGAUAGUAAGCAAAUUUAAAAGUGAACAUGGUGAUUUGGAGGAGAAAAUAAUGAAAGCUUUCGACACGGACAAGGACCGUGUGCUGCAAGAGGAAGAAUUCUUGGAUGGAUUCAAGAAAAGACUAUGUGAUGGAACCACUACCUCUCAAUUCUUCAAUGAAUGCAUACAGAAAGAAAAAAGCAGUAUCAGCAAAAUGUCAAAGAGUUCUCUCAUUAAAGCUGUAAUUAGAGUUGGCGUUGGAAUUGCAAUUGUGUCUUCACUUGGAAUCCCUCUGGUAAAUAACACCCAACUCUUAUCAGAACGCUUAGGCAUACCACCUUUCUUCAUUUCAUUUGUAGUGCUUCCUUUUGCUGUAAACUUCAAAACGGCAAUGGCUACCAUCUACCCUGCAAGCCAAAAGAAAGAAAAUGCAUCUUCAAUAAUGUUUUCAGAGAUUUAUGGAGCAGUGUUCAUGAACAAUAUUCUAGGGCUACUGACCCUUGUAGGACUUAUUUGGGCAAGAGGAUUUUCAUGGAAUUUUUCAGCUGAAGUGCUGGUAGUAAUUCUGGUUAGUGCUAUAAUUGGUGUAAUGGGCUAUUGGCAACUCACGUACCCAUUUUGGAGUUGUAUCUUGGCAUUUUCUUUCUACCCAUUGUCUCUGGUGUUUUUCUAUGUAAUUCGUGUUCUCGCUGGCUGGAAAUGAGAGUUGGAAGAAAUCUAAAUCUAUGUCAAAAUAAUAUUAUGGUAUUGUAUUCCUCUAAUAAUAUGUAGUAAAAGACAAUCUUAUCCUUUCUUUAGUUGGAGACUACCAAGUCCUUAAUUAUAAUAUC